AUGGUUGCCCCCACCAUUGAUACCUUGAGCAUCCCCAUUAUCGACUUGGAGCCAGCGCGUAAAGGGAAUGCCGACGAAGUUGCGCAAGUCGCGAAGAAAGUCUACCUGGCCUUUAAGAAUGAAGGCUUUGCCUAUAUUAAAAAUCAUGGCGUUCCACAGGAAUUGGUAGACGAAGCCUUUCAGUGGAGCCAAAGGUUCUUUGCACUUUCCCAAAGUGACAAAGACAAGGCACCGCAUCCUGCUGAAGGCUGGUAUCAUCGUGGAUAUUCGGGCAUCGGCAGAGAGAAAGUCUCGCAGAUGGUUUUUGAUAACAAAGAAAUUGCCGAGCAACGCAAAGUUCCCGAUGUCAAAGAAUCAUUCGAACUAGGAAACGAAACGGACAAGCGCAUGCCCAAUAUUUGGGUCCCGGAAGAAGUGUUACCUGGAUUCCGAGCAUUCUUCACGAAGUUCUUCGAAACAUGCUACGGAAUUGAGCAAUUGAUGCUAAAACUCAUUGCCGUGGGAAUGGGCAUUGAGGAGAACUUCUUUCUCGACUAUCAUAAGAACAAAACAAACCAGUGCCGAUUGCUGCAUUAUCCUGCGGUAGAAGAAGAACUUUUGAGAUUGGGCAAAGCUGAGAGAAUUGCCGCACACUCUGAUUUCGGCACAAUGACCAUCCUCUUCCAGGAUGAGGUUGGCGGUUUGGAGGUCGAAGAUAUCCACGAGAAAGGCAAAUUCAACCAGGCGCCUUUUAUUCCAGGCUCGGCUGUCGUCAAUAUUGGAGACCUUCUGAUGCGCUGGAGCAACGAUGAGCUUAAGUCUACUUUGCACCGUGUUCGGGCACCUCCGCUUGUGGAUUCUGAUAGCUCCGAAGGCCGCAUGACUCGUCCGAGGUACUCUAUACCCUAUUUCAUCAGUCCGGACAGAGAAAGUGUUAUUGAUUGCAUCCCUGGUUGCUUUGGGCCGGAUCGGCCCAAGAAAUAUGAACCUAUCACAAGCCGAGACUAUAUUACGAUGCGGAUGAAUGCGACUUACUGA